GUUUGUUGGUAAACAAAUCAGUCUGUUUCCAAACUGCGUUUUGUUUCGAUGUGCGGAUCGGCCGGUUAGUGCGUUUCCAACAGUACAGUUUUUCUUAAUUGUGUGUUUUAUAGUUAUUUAAAUCAGUCUACCGAAUAUCUGAAAUGGAAAACCAUGUAGAAAGUGAUAACUCCAAUGAUAUUCUAGCAAGUUCUGGCAGGCAGCCCAAAUGUUGCUUUUGUCCACAAUUUUGCGUCGGUUGUUUCAAACAUGUUCUCUGUGUUACCGAGACAUACGAGCAUGUUCUCAAACCCAUCCUAAUGAGGUUAUUAUUUCCCGGGUAUACUUACAACGGCAUCCACCGGUAUCCAACUUGCGCUACGUGCCGCCGAUUUUUCAUAGAAACGUUCAACAUUCCGGAGUGCUGCUUCGAGAUAACCCCCAACGAUGGUCUCCAAAUGGAUCAGAUGGCACCGGUAACGCUAGAAAGUGACCCACGACAAGGCUGUUGUGAAUACGUUUACUUCUGGCAAGAUCCUCCAGAAGAGAAAACAUUUUGGAUUGAUCCUACGUUCGCUUGGAAGCAGAGAGGGCCGUAUUUUUUCUUUGCAAAAGUGAAUAAACCAAAGCAUAUAACGACGCAACAAUGGAAUUCGAACCUAUCGCUUGCUCCGAGAACUGUAACGACCGGCCCCAAGCCGCUAAGAAUGGUUGUCCCUAACAAACUCCAAACGAAUCCGGAAAACUUGACUUCAGCAGAGCAAGAGCUUAUUCCGGCGUUUCUCAUUCAGAAACCUCGAACAGAAUCGAUCGAACACCCACAAAACCAACAGUCGCAACCACUACAGCUACAAAAAAUAAAGGCACUACAACUACAACCACCUACCAAAGACUCAACUAUCCUGCGGUGUCCACUUUGUCUGAAAGCCUUCCCGAAUAACCGAUCGCUCAACCUUCAUCUGAACGUUCACAUAAGAGAAAAACCUUACCAAUGCAAUGUAUGUAACAUGCAGUUCCCUCAACCGUUCUCUGUGGAGCUGCAUUUGCGAAAUGUCCAUGGUUUCGCGAAAUACGAAUGCGAUCGCUGUAGCAUAGAAUUUCGGACCAACAAAACCUACAUGAUUCACCUGAACCUCUGCGGUCCAAGCUCCGUCGCGAAGUUCCACUGUGAGCGAUGCGAGGCGACAUUCCCGUUCCAUCACAAAUGUCCGUACACCAGAGCUGGCCGGAGUGCCACCAGACCGCACCGGUGUCACUUCUGCAGGAAAACGUUCAAACAUCCGGGUGGAGCGCUCUAUCACAUGAACAAUUUCCACAAACAGCGCAAUGGCAGCGCGGAGCGUUCGAAAAGCGACCAAUCCUCGACGGAUACAACAGAAGAGGAGCCCAAUCGGGUUGAGCUGAUGGCGGAUGCAACCGAUAACAACAGCGACGUUGAACCGUCGGACGAUGAGCUGCCGAUGGCCUGGCGGGAUCUUCAGUGAAAUCGAAAGGGAAUAGUCUUUACGAUGAAAGUUAUAAUUUAAUAAAGGUUUUUUUGUAGCCAGUUGCCUAUAAGCAUUUUUAUAUCUUCAA